AUGAACAAAUUCGUCCUUAAUAACGGAAUUUCAGCUGCGGGUGCUAUGCCAGUUGCGCAAUGCACCUACUCGUUCCCAGCAACCGACCCGAAAGGCUUCGUUUCACUUGCAAAUGUAUUAGAAGGAGUCGGAGUUAGUGCAUACCUUGGGGCAGCUGCUUCCAUCGCAAACAAGACCUAUCUCACUGCGGCAGGAAGUAUCCUCACAGUAGAGGCUCGACACAAUGCCUACCUUCGGGCUGCACUAGGUCAGGUCCCUUUUGCUCAACCUUUCGAUACCCCACUUGAUUUUAAUGAGGUUUACACGCUUGCUUCGCCGUUUAUUACCUCGUGCCCGUCCACCAAUUCUCAGCUACCAGUGAAAGCUUUUCCGUCUCUGACAAUGGUUCCCAGUGGGAAUGUCAUGAAUGGAUCCACGGCGACUUUGGUGCCUGGUCCAGGUUUCAACUCCACAAGUAAUUCAAAUCUCUCAGCCGCGUUUGUCACCAUUACCGGGCCUGUAUGGGCACCUCUUAAACCAAUUAGUAAUGGUCAGUUCAUCGUAACCAUUCCUGCAGGAGUCGAGGGUCAAAGCUACAUUGUCUUGACAAGUAGCAUGAGUGGCGUAAGUGAUGAUAAUAUCGUGGCGGGUCCUGCCAUUGUUGAAGUGGAAUUAAUGUAA